CAUUAGAUAACAUGACAUAACAUAUCGGCACGCUGGGUGAGAGGAGGGUGACAGGUGCAGCAAGCCCCGCCCCCCGCUCACCUGUGUGCUGCUCACCAGUCCCGGCCGGCGGGGACUGCAGACAUCGCCGCUGCGGAAGGAGGAGGCGAGCUCGAGCGCCACAAUGAAUAACCCUAUUCCUUCCAACUUGAAGUCUGAAGCCAAAAAAGCUGCCAAAAUCUUAAGAGAAUUUACUGAAAUCAGUUCUAGAACUGGCCCAGAUAAAAUUAUACCUGCUCACGUCAUUGCCAAAGCACAAGGCCUUGCCAUUUUAUCUGUAAUAAAAGCCGGCUUUCUGGUGACUGCUCGAGGAGGAAGUGGAAUAGUAUUAGGUCGUCUUGCAGAUGGAAGAUGGUCUGCUCCGUCUGCCAUUGGUAUAGCUGGACUUGGUGGUGGAUUUGAAAUUGGAAUUGAAGUGUCUGAUUUAGUAAUUAUCCUGAACCACAAAAGAGCAGUUGAAGCUUUUGCCAAAGGGGGCAACUUAACACUUGGAGGGAAUUUCACGGUGGCCAUCGGACCUUUAGGAAGAAACCUGGAGGGAGAUGUGGCCAUUCGCAGUUCAGCAGCUGUUUUCACAUACUGCAAGUCACGGGGACUGUUUGCCGGAAUAUCUUUGGAAGGCUCUGGUUUGAUUGAAAGGAAAGAAACCAAUCGCAAAUUUUAUUGUCAGGAGGACAUUCGGGCAUUUGAGAUUUUGUUCGGUGAGAUUCCCCGCCCGGCGCAAGCCGAAGAACUUUAUGAGAUUCUUGACUCUUUCACAGAAAAAUAUGAAAAUGAGGAACAAAGCAUUAACAUGAGAAAACAGGCCAGGGAGCAAAGAAAGGCCAGAGAGAUGACUUCAAAACCAAGUAGGCUGCGUUCUCACCAAGCUGGAAAUGGCACGGAAGCUGCAAGACCUACCCAGAGAAGUUACCCUGACCUCUCCAGCUACAACAUGAAUGAACGGAGCACAAGAGGAGACUACAUCACCGCCACAGCCAUCUACCCUUUCGAAGGCUUACAGCCAGGAGACCUAACAUUCCAAGCCGGAGAUAGGAUCACAGUGACCAUGAAGACUGACUCUCAGUACGAUUGGUGGGAGGGAAAAGUAAAAGGGGAAUUGGGUAUUUUUCCAGCUAAUUAUGUUAUGUUAAAUUAAUGGUGGGAGGUGUAUAGUCCUCCUGGGAAACACAGACAGAAUGCAGUUGUAUCAAGGAGUCACAAUUUAUAAAAUGGAUAUCAUAUUACUUUAUAUAUGUAUAUUGGCUAUAUGGGAAAACAUGCUUGGACACUACCUCAAUUAAAUUAUGCUGUAAAAUAUGUAAAGUUUCAAAGUGCCAUUGAAAUUUUUGAGUAUUAUUUAAUAAAGUGGGAAUGAAUUA